GACCUCGUGAAUCGAUUCACCCCGUUCCUUCUACCCUACAACAGUUCAUCUUCUAGCGGAUCGUUCUUUCUUCGACGCCACCCGGCUCGUGGCCAUCCGGUGCUGCGGAAGGAAUUACCCAAGAAAAAUAAAAAACUAAAAAACUAAAGCCGAUUCUGUAACAUUGCGGACGCGGAGGGAGUCGGCGCGUUCGGGGGCUCCGCAAGCUGGAAACGGGCCAUAGUUUAACGCAGCGUCGAUGCUUCGCUUGCUCGUCAGGCGGACACACACGGCAGACCAUGGCCUCGCUGAACCCUCCCAUCGCUGACGAUCUGUCACAGCUGGCGCUCCCGAGACAUGCAGUCAUUGUGAGCUCCUCCACAGGGUCCGGCGGCCCCGAAGUGCUCUUAGCUCGACGAGAUGGAAUGCACCUGGAUCUGACCGUCCCAACCGUAGGGCGCUUCCGGACGACCGGAGACGCCUUCCUCACAACCGGCAGGGUCGUGUUCUGCGCCCGCAAGCCGCACGGAUCUCAGAAUGGCAUGCUCUUCAAGGGCUUUGACAUCCCGCUCCACGUGCUCAGCGGCGAGAAGUUCGAGCAGCCCAUCCUCUUCGGCGCGAAUAACCUCUCUGGAGUCGUUGAGACGAACGUCGCUUACGCAGGUAGCACGACGGGGGCGACGGCGCCUGGCUUUCACGCCACGGCAACGCCCGUCAUCAACUCUAGCUGGCGGUUAUCUUUCAGAAAUGGUGGCUUCGGCACCUUCCUGCAUGCUUUCAACUCGGCCCUCCAGCGGCGGCGCUCGGUCAACCCGUCGGUUACGGCGGUGACAUUCGCCGGGUCUGAGGACGAGUGGGCUUCCCUCCAGGCGACGGAAGUGGCCCAAGCGGUAGCGUUGGAUCCCACGGAUGGUACGGUGUUGCUGACCGCGGCUCCCGUGGCGGCUUCCGCUCCGCCUAGACCGUACGGCGACUCGUGAGGUUUCCGCACAUCACUUCUGCUGGGGUUGCUGCUGUUGCUGCUGCAGUUGGUCGACGCCUUGCUGACGCCACCGCUUCCCCUAUCAACCUGACGACGACUCCUCGGGUUUUCGUACGAACGCUCUGCUGAGGUAGCUGUUGCCAACCGUCCUGCUCUGCACAGAUAAAUUAAUUGGCGGUCACAUGGAUGGGUGUUGACUACGGCAAUGCCUUCAUUGUACGCACUUUGGUGAAGUGUUUCGUGUUUUGUGAAAUAGCAACUCUCGACGAGUAUCCUCGUCGUUGCCUGUCUGAAGCUUUUAUACGGUUUUUCAGCGGGGAACGUUGAUAGUGCAGACAGCCACUCGCUCGGAUCUCACCGUGAGCAGGGCAUCACUGUCCCGAAAGGUGGUGAAGUACGGUGCCUGUUUGGAGGAUUGCUAGUAAGAGACCGUGAGCUACGGUUCUUUAUCAUGUCCACGCAACCGACCUCAGCAUCAACGACGGUCCCAACGCUGCUCGAUUGUCGCAAGAUACUCUUCGGUUUUGGCGGCUUGUUCGACCGAAAAUCCGACCUGGGGGAAGAUCAUGAACGUCUUGUUAUCCAUGGCCGUCAUUUCUUGAGAAAGACUCCGGGGUAGUUGACGGGUCGUGCCUGCCCAUGUGCUGCUGCUGCUGUUGCAGCUCUGAUCUACGAAAAGC